AUGGACACUAUUGCUACUCACACCCACCGUCAGAAAACCAGUGCGGAUGAACCGCAUAAACUGCAAUACCAACAGCGACAGCAGUACUGGACCUGCGAAAUGACUAAAUUCCCUAUUACAACCGCUCUACUCAUUGCACUUGCAGCAAAAUCGUACCAAAAAUCAUCUCCCUGUCCUUCGGUAUUCAGCUACGAUGAACAGGAAGACUCGACCGAUACAUGGUACGGGACGCUUCGACUCAAAACGAACGUGCCACUGCACGGCAUUUUUAUUGACGUGAUUUUCGACGGGCUUGUAUUGGUGUUUGCAGCAUACUUCAAAGACGUUACGACAAAGGAUAAUUUACAUUUCCAUAUUGAAGAUAAAUCAUAUAGGCUGAAUGCCGGUGAAACACUAAUAUUGAAAUUUUACGUUAAACAUCCCGACUACGGUAGGGUUCCGUUAUUGCGUCAAGUACGUUUCAAUGGACAAAACGUUUGCGUAGAUAUUCCAACUUUAAAACCGUCGAACAUUCCGUAUCGUGGAGAUACGUACGAUCGACCGGUUGUAUAUCCGGACGACACUGUUAGGCGUAAACCUACAUCAACUUCCACCACUGAUAACAAGCAUGACAGUACCCGAGAACAUUCUGUACAACCAAUUAACUCCGUUCUUCCUCAUAAUUCUGAGAUCUUAGAUACUAACUCACAUUCUUCUACUAUCUUUGCUGACAACUCAUCUAAUCCUUCUGGCUCUCUUUAUUUAAAAGCCAAUUCGGUUGUAAAUCAUCCGGAAUCUCAGAAAAAUCCCGUUAGUCUAGUAUCAAGCGCAUCAUCGCACGAAACGAGUGCCAACAGGAGGCGUCCUUACCCGGAGAAGCACGACAGUUACGACCCGAUCCAAGAUCCCACUAUUUGGAGAAAGCCGCCCGACAACUUGUCGCAUUCUACUUCCACUUCGAGAACAGCUAGACAACCGGCUUACAGCUACGAAGAUUCGAACAGCAAUGUUUUGGCUACAAGCAGCCGUAAACCAGUCCGUGGAGAUAAAGACUACCGAACAACUACCGAAGCUGUACCGUACUUUCGAGGAGACUCCACACGUACAACCAAAACAACCACCAAGGCAUCUUAUUUUCAGGGAGACUACGCCUUCCUUCAGAACGUCGAAACUUCCACGCACUACAUCAACUCGUACGACGAAAACAUUUGCGGCACUGUAGUACCGAAAGCGAAUCCUCUCGUAACGCACGGAACAUCGACGCGGAGCGCACAGUUUCCCUGGCAUGGCGCCCUGUAUCGAUCAUCCGUUACCGAACUGAAGUAUCUCUGUGGAGCAACUUUGAUCGCUACUCGAUUCGCUCUAACUGCAGCCCAUUGUGUAACCUUGGAACGAAGCCGACGACCGGUGGAGUCCUCCAGCUUGCUGCUUUACUUAGGGAAAACUAACCUCAAAAGAUGGACCGGACCAGAGCAGGACGCCAAAAUCGAACAGGUUCUGGUUCAUAACGAUUACAACUACGAACGUUUCUUCGCCGAUAUCGCUCUGUUGAGGCUGAAGGAUGACGUGAAAUUUAAUCACUUGGUGCGGCCGGCUUGUUUGUGGAACUUUGACGAGGAUUACAAGAUACUGAUCAACAAGGUGGGGUACGUUCCGGGCUGGGGUUACAAUGAGCGGGGGCUGGUUAGUGAGGAUCUAUCCUACGCGCAGAUGCCGGUGGUGGCUCAUGAAACGUGCAUCUGGUCCAAUCGGGAUUUUUUCAGUAAAGUUACCUCCAAUACUUCGUUUUGUGCUGGAUUUAGGAAUGGAACUUCCGUUUGUAAUGGAGAUAGUGGUGGAGGGAUGGUUUUCAAGCAAAGCAAUCGAUGGUUCCUGAGGGGAAUCGUUUCGGUUAGUGCCGCCUUGCAGAAUAAAAUCAGCUGUGACCCCAAUCAUUAUGCAGUCUUUACCGAUGUUGCAAAGUUUCUGUCCUGGAUCAAGAGCUAUAUGUAA